AUGACAGCACGCUACGCCGACGUUCACAAGAACCCCCAGGGCCCAGGGGAUGCUCGCCCCACAGCCAUACAGAUCAUCCGCGAUGAGGGCCUUGAGGGCCAACUGACCGGCUCGUCAAUCCUGAUCACUGGCGUCUCCUCAGGUAUUGGUGUUGAGACAGCUAAGGCGCUCUUCACCACCGGCGCAACCCUCUACCUGACAGCUCGGAAUCUGAAUGUACGUGCCUGCGCUGCCGAGCUCCUCACCAAGACUCAAACCCUCAAUAUCUUCAUCGCCAAUGCUGGUGUCAUGGCAACCCCGGAAGGGCGCACCAAGGACGGAUUUGAGACCCAGUUAGGGACUAUCUAUCUGAGUCACUUUCUGCUUUUCCUCCUUCUGCGUCCCGCGCUUCUCGCCGGCGCCACCCGCCAGGCUAAUUCCCGCGUGAUCCUCCUCGCUUCUAUCGCGCACCGGUUCUCAGAAGUGGCAUUUGAUAAUCUCAACCUCGAUGGUGAAUACGACAGCUGGAGGGCGUACGGACAGAGCAAGUGCGCGCUUCUAUGGGCGGCUAAUGAGAUCGACCGCCGCUAUGCCUCCCAGGGUCUGCGUGCCUUUAGUAUCCAGCCCGGCGGAGUUCAGACUGGACUUCUGCAGCAUAUAUCAGAGGAAGAGCAGAACAGUCUUGCUGCUGAUCCAGCCCUGGUGCCACAGAUGAAGAGUCCAGAGCAAGGUGCCGCUACUUCUGUUUGGGGGGCUGUCUCCAGAUCUCUUGAGGGAAUGGGCGGAAAGUACCUUGAGGAUGUGCAGAUUGCCAAGGCGUAUGACCCGAGCGAGGGGCAGUGGGCACCAGGCUAUGCCUCAUAUGCAUACAACCCGGAAAAGGAGAGAAAGCUGUGGGAAGUAUCGCUGAAGUUGGUUGGUGUGGACGCUUGA